GAAAAGCAGCGCGAGCAGCUGAACUGUUUAAACCCCAGGCUGUGUGCAGAAACGACGCUGAAACUUUAAACGGAACUCCCAUUUUUAUGUUUCUUUUUAGCAAAUGUUUAAUGUGAUGUACUGGUGCUCUUUUUACACUAUCUCGUCUUCUUGUUUUUCAAGUGUUUCAUUCGGACAGGAAUGUGACUUUUAACGGGUUUAAACUUGGCUCUUGUUGAGGUUUUUUGUCGCGUUAAGAACCGGACUGACCUGGUAUCACCUGCCCGGUCCGGUGAAUGUGUUUGGACCCAAAGUGAACCCAAAGUCGGGUUAAAAUGUCGGGGAUGACAGGACUAAUCGCCCUCAGUCUCUGUUUUUACCUCCAAACAUGCCGAGCUCUCCCCAGCCAGCUGCCCGACCUCAGUUUCGAGUCACCUGGUCAGUUCCCCCUCACCGACCCUCUGUUGGACUAUGACCUGUUGGAUGAGGAGCUCGGAGGCGGUGGUGGUCGGGGCGUGACAGAAGGGGCGGAGGGCUGCGGGCUGUGUGACCCGGAGCUGUGCCCGGAGACCCGGGGCUGCCGGGCCGGGCUGGUGCUGGACUCCUGUGGUUGUUGUAAGGAGUGCGGCAACCUGGAGGGACAAGCUUGCGACCCAGGGGACCGCAGCGUCUACUACGGGCUGUGUGGGACCGGACUUCGGUGUCAGGCGGACCCGCAGCCAGAAAGAGGAGAGGAGGGGGAUGAAGAGGAGGUUUGUGUGUGUGAGGAGCAGGAGGUGGUGUGUGGCACUGAUGGAGUCUCAUAUAUUAACAUUUGCCAGUUCAGAGAGGCUGCUUUCUCCAAACCAGGACUCAAGACCAAAGGAAAGGGGCCGUGCAAAACCGUUCCCAUCAUCAAGGUCCCCCCUCACAGUCAGGUGAACGGGACAGGCAGCAGUCUGGUUUUCCUCUGUGAGGUCUUUGCUUUCCCGAUGGCGUUGGUGGAGUGGAGAAAAGAAGGCAAUGACGUGAUCCUGCCCGGAGACGACCCCCACAUCUCUGUUCAGUCCCGGGGCGGUCCUCUGAAAUUUGAACUCUCCAGUUGGCUGCAGAUUGAGGGGGCGGGGCCUGAGGACUCUGGAACCUAUCGCUGCAUCGCUCGCAACAGUCUGGGAUCUGUGUCGGCGUCUGCUGUGCUGGGUGUCCUGGGAGCAGAGGAGCUGUCUUCCUACCUGGCCAACAGUGUGUCAGAAAUGAAGCAGCUGAUGGACGCAACAGAUUACGACCAGGACUUUUACUGAUCCACAUAUGAUGUCACUUCCUGUGAUCAGACGCCAUUUGUUUUUUCAUCCUCAGUGAGAGAUAAAACAGUUGUCGAGUUUGUUGAAUUUGGCUGAUGCAUCAUUGAAUAACACUUGGGCGGUGCUCCAAACAGACUGUUUUCUAGUUUUUGGUGACAUCAGGACAGGUCACACGAUCAGGUGCACACUUUUUAUUAGGCAGUUUGUUUUUAUUGAUGUAUGUAAGAAUUUGACAGAAUUGCUCAUACUCCCUUCACUGUAUCCUCACGUUACUCUGACAUCAAACCAAUCUGUGACACAGAGUUUCAGCAUGUUGAACAUGUAGACACCCCAGGUUUGAGACCAAGACUUAAGUCAGUACUGUCUGUGUGAAAUAAGCUUUAUAUUAAAAACAAG